AUGAUCUUCAACGCCAAGUUCACUUCCCUUGCCGCGGUCGUCGUGGCAGCUUGCACCUACGGUGCCCAAGCCUCGCCCGCCGGGCCGAUCUCUAUCACCCUCACGACCACGACGGUGACGCAGACGAUCACGAGGCAGUCAAUUACGACCGCCACCGCGUCGGCCACGCCUCCCGCCGACAUGAACGGCGGUGGUGCGGAAGUGCAGAAGCGCCAGGACAGCUCCGACGACGGGACCGUGCUGAGCGGUGUGUUGGGCACGCAGCCGUUCACCAUCACCAUCCCGCCGCUGCUUUGCCUCCCGACCCCGACGUCCAGCGGCUCGUCUGCUGCUCCCACGAACGGCACCAGUCAGGGGCACCACCACCACAGCGACAACGGCACCGUCAGCUCGUCGACUACGGACAGCGCCUUCUCAUCGGCCUCGUCAACGGACGUCUCGAGCUCGAGCGCGACCGCCACAACGGUGUCUUGA